AUGGUGGCACCUCUGUCUCCUUGUUGGUCUGUUCCUAUUGAAGGAGCUCCAAAACAGAGUAAGCUGAUCGAAGACAGAGCUGCUGUAGCCCUUUUUCCCUCCCGCUACACAGAGCAUGUUUUGGAUCACUACCAGUGUUCACCUGGAUCUGUGAAAUGCAACAGGUCCAUAUCUUCCCAGCAACUUUCUGUACCUUAUUGCAGCUGGGGCUCAGCUCAGACUCCUGUGAGUGCCUCUAGUUUGGAAAAUAGUUCCAACUCUUACAACAUUGAAGCUUUUGGAAAGACAAGCUGGAAAAAAAUUUUUCAGUAAGAUUCUUGGUUAGAAAAAAGGUUGUAAAAGUUACCUGAAAGACCCCUUCUAACAUUCAGCCCUACAUUCCCUGAAAAGGCUGUCAAAUGUUAUAAGGCUUGCGUCUACCUAUCUCCACAGUACUCUAUGGAGCAAGAAGAGAGAAUGUGUGUAGCUGAGUUGUUGUCUGGGAUUGACUCUGUGAGUAGGGCUUUGGAGAAUGAGAAAAAGGAGAACUCAUCUCUCAGCAGAUCCUUGGAUUUACCCUGUGCUUCUCCUUGACUACAUGGUGUUCCUGGGUUUCAGAUCACACACAAAGGCAAAGUAUACCAGGACUGGAGAGGUGUGAUUGCACCCAAUCCUGUAAAGGAUUACAGCCAAGUGAGGCAAAAAAGCAUGAAGGGCCAGGAGAAAAAAGAGAAAGCUCUAAAUGUGGCCGAUGAAAAAUCCUCAGCUAUGUCUUGUGAUGAAUGCCUUGACCUUCAAACUCAGAAGAGUGAAAAAAAUGUAACUCAUCUAGAAGUUUUUGAAGCUUCUUGUGAUCGUAGAAAGCGUCCUAGCAGUAGAGAAGUACUUAAAGCCAUCACUUGCCUUGAAAGAUAUAGGAGAAGGUGGCGAACACAGGCCAUCAAGAAAAUAAAGAUUAAGUCUACAAGUCAUGGACCAUCUCUACCAGCAGUUAUAAGGUACUACUGUGAAAUGAUAGCCCGUGGUGGUCUGGAUCUCUCUACACCACUUCGGUGUUUUGAAUCAGAGGAAUGGAUAGACAAGAAAAAAUUUUAUGAAACAAUGUUUUCCAAGAUGGAGUUUGACAAAAUGAUGGACAGAAAUGUUUUGCCUAAAUUUUUGUGAGACUGUGGGUACUCUACUGCUAGGGGAAUACAGUGUAUCUUCUAGCUGGUCUGUCCAGGUUCCACUGCUGCUGUAAGAAGCAUCAAAAAACAUCUAGCAAUUGAAAUGGCUUUCACAUUAUAUCCUUCUCUUCAUGCAAAAGUGAAGAACCUAAUUACAGUGCCACUAUAAUGGGUGGACCCUCUCAUGGAUGGAAAAGAUGGAUCCGAGAAAUCGCCAUUUUCCCAUCGAAAGUCAAAGAAAGCUGAUUUUCAAGUGUCAGCUGCAUUAGCAACUUUUUCAAUGGGUAGUGGGAAAGAAAAUCACCUCUCUGAUCAGGAUUUCUGGUGCCGCUGCAUGAAAUGA